AUGGAACGUCAGGUACCUGGUAGCAUUGUCGUUAUUGGAAGCAUGUCCGGUGCCAUUGUCAAUGUACCACAGCCACAAGCUCCAUAUAACGCGGCCAAGGCAGCUGUCCGUCACCUGGCUGCCUCCCUCGCAGUAGAGUGGGCUCACGCUGGGAUCCGAGUCAACUGUAUCUCUCCUGGCUACAUGUUGACUGCUUUAACACAGAAGAUCCUGAACGACAACCCAGAUCUCGAGAGAACCUGGACAUCUCUCAUCCCUCAGGGACGUAUGGGACUACCUCAAGAUCUGAUGGGUCCUGUCACCUUUUUGCUGUCGGAUGCGUCUUCUUACAUGACCGGAGCAGAUCUUAGAGUAGAUGGAGGAUAUACUGUGACCUAG